AUGUCUACUUCAAAGGCCUCAAAGUCUGUGCCUUUUCAGGGGCAUGAAGUUUCCAGAAAUGUAGUUGUAAAGCUUUACAUUCACACAGUACUAAUGGUGAUACUUCCAAUUGCAACGUACUUUUACACGUCAAACUACUAUUACGAUGGUGACUCACGUACAACUAAGGCAGCAAUCUCGGCGGUUGUGGUGGCGAAUCUUGUAGUAUUUUCAUUCAUAAUAACUGCCUUUACGGAAGACGUGGGUGACGAGAAAGAAGAUGUUCGUCUGAAGAAUGAUUAG